CCCACCUCCGGCCUGCUCACGCCAGGUCACACCCACCUCCACCUUGGGCCUGUUCUUCCUGUCAAUCACCGUCCGACCACGCCUACCAAACGCUGCUCUUCUGUCGAUUAUGCCAAGUCACGCCCACGCCGUGCCUGAUCUUGCUGUCAAUCAGCGCCAGGCCGCGCCCCUCUCGUGCCUCUUACACAAACAGCAGCAGUUCGAGAGAGUAAAUAGAGAAAAGAUGGCGGAGUUCAUUCAGCUCAACAAACCCACGGAACCGAAACCAGCGUCCCAGAACCGCGAGCACCACCAUCAUCAUCAUCCUCCACCACCACCGGCCAAAAAGAUACGACAUGAGGAGAAAAUCUUCAAAGCCAAGAAGAUGAACGGAGGCGCGGAGCAGCAGAUUCACAGCAACAAACCCAAGAGCAAAAAAGCCAAAACAGAGCGAGAUAGAGACCGAGAGAAAGAGAGUGAGAGAGAGAAAGAUAGAGAGAGGGAGAAACAGAAGAAAAACUACAAGCUGGCAGCUGAAAAUCACCUCGGUGUGAAGAAGGAAAACGGCGAGCUGAAGUUACCGCAGAGAGAACACCCUAUCAAAGACAAACAGAAAGAGAGAGACAAGGAGAGCGAAAGAAAGAGAGAGAGAGAAAAGGAGGAGAAAGACAUGAGAAAACUCCAGCUCAUGAUGGAGAUGAAGAAAGAAAACGGGGAGGUGAAGAUCAUGCAGAAAGGUGACCGAGAGAAGCCCAAGAUAAACUCAGCUGAGGACCUGCUAAUAAAGAGGGUAAAGAAGAAAAAGAAAAAGAAGCAUAAAGAAGGUGAAAAGCGAAAGCGACCCAAGAUGUACAGCAGAUCCAGUCAAACGGGAGGCGCUCUGUCCUCCAGUGGCAGGAUGAAGCAGGAAGACGGCUGCUAUCAAAGCUCGAGCUGUGCCGUCACGGAGGGCGUGGGAAAAAGUCCCCGACUGCCUGGGCUGGACCGGCUGGAAUUCGGCCGGUUUGUUCACGUGGAGCACCAGCCGAACGGCGGCGCCCUGGUGGUUCACGCCUACAGCAGAGAGCUGUCGGUCCUGUCUUCUGUGGAGAUGCAGAGGUUUGCACAGGAGUUUGUAAAGUUGGCAUUUAGCGAGGAUCAGGAGGCCGCUGCCAACUACGUGAUGGGCGUGAUUCAUGGGGCCGCCUCGUACCUCCCUGACUUCCUGGAGUACUUCUCUAGUAAGUUUCCCAAUUCGCCUGUCAAAAUGGAAAUUCUGGGGAAGAAGGACAUCGAAACGACUACUAUGGCAAACUUUCAUGCUCAGGUUAAGAGGAGUUACUCUCACGGGACGUACCGCGCCGGGGCCAUGAGACAGAUCAGUCUGGUGGGCGCUGUGGAUGAAGAGGUGGGCGAUUAUUUUCCAGAGUUCCUUACCAUGCUGGAGAAGUCGCCCUUCCUGGAGCGGACACUUCCGUGGGGUUCUUUCUCAAGUCUGAAGCUGAGCAGUCCAGAAGAGAGUGACGAUGGGCCCAUCAUGUGGGUUCGGCCUGGAGAGCAGAUGAUCCCUGUCACAGACAUGCCCAAGUCUCCUUUCAAACGGAAAAGGUCGACAAAUGAAAUUAAGAAUCUUCAGUAUCUGCCCCGAACCAGUGAGCCACGCGAGAUGUUGUUUGAGGAUCGAACCCGAGCUCACGCGGACCACAUCGGUCAAGGUUUCGAACGGCAAACGACUGCAGCUGUGGGAGUUUUGAAAGCUGUCCGCUGCGGAGAAGGCCCUGAUCCUCCACGCAUAACCAAAGAUGUGAUCUGUUUCCAUGCGGCUGACUUCAACGACGUAGUGCAAAGACUUCAGUUAGACCUGUACGAGCCGCCCUUGUCUCAGUGUGUACAGUGGGUUGAUGAUGCGAAACUCAAUCAGUUACGGCGAGAGGGCAUUCGUUACGCUCGUAUUCAGUUAUACGACAACGACAUUUACUUUAUCCCUCGCAACGUGGUUCACCAGUUCAAGAGCGUGUCAGCGGUUUGCAGCCUUGCUUGGCAUGUCCGCUUGAAGCAGUAUCACCAGGACGCAGAAGACAACAAGAAUCGAGAGGAUUGUGACGAAAAGAUCCAGCAAAUCAAGGAGGAACCACUGAGUGAGAAUGCAAAAGCCGAAAACACAGACUUCAGAGCUUCGAGAGAGAUGCCGAGCGUACCCCCAAUAAAGGUGGAGUGGGUCGAGGCGCUCGCCGAAAGAUCGCCCAAAUGCCCACCCAGCAGCAACAGCCUGACUCCGCCUCUUUCCACCAAGUCUGACGGACAGUCCAAAGUGCACCACGUAUCAGAAUGUUUUGGCACUCCCUCACAACCCUCGACCGCCGCAUUCGACGCAUGCUCUCGUAGCUCCGCGGCCGGUCCGUACACGUCUAAACAAGCACACACGCCGACGAAACGCGUACACGCCUCGUCAUCCAAAUUCUUCCAUUCUUUCUCCUCCGGCCCCAAACCGGGACACUCGCUCUCGACGUCAACCAAAUUAACUCACUCUAGUAACACGACCAAACCGACCCACGGUAGUAACAUAAACAAAACGACCGCCUCUAGCAACGCAACCAAAUCGAUUCACUCUAGUAACGCGACCAAAUCCAUCCACUCUAGUAACAUAAUCAAACCGACUCACUCCAGUAACACAACCAAACCGACCCACUCGACCAAACCGACGCACUCGACUAACUCUGUCAAACAUUCGCACUCCACACUACUAACCAAACCCAGCUCUAAACUGAGCUCUGGACUGUCAAUCAGCUGGAGUGCUCCUCCCCUUGGCCCGUCCCCGACAGCGUCCCCUCUGAGGCCGGACCGACCUCGAGACUCUGUGCACCCAAAGGUCAUGAGAACGCAUGAACCACACAAAGACUUUUUAUACUGAUUUGUACAGAAGAGUUUUUAAAUGGCGACACUUCUUCUUUUAAUACUGUACAUUUCAACUGUUUGGUUUUCUUUUAUAAACCAGGAACUGCAGUUCAUCUCAAUGAAUUCAAAGAUCUGUCUUUGGUGAUGAUCACCUUUGUCAAUCUCUCUCACUCUUUUUAAUAACGUCUCUCUAUUUCCCUCUCUCUCUCUCUUUUCCUGUUACUGGUUGCCAACGUGGCAAAUGAUGUAGCUCGUAACACGUUACUCAGUGCCUGUCCGUAACUGUGAAAUAUGGAAGCACUUCAGCUCGGCUGCACACUAUACUACACAAAUCCAAACAGGUCCUUGAUGAAUAAUAUAUUUUCAGUUGUAGGCUUUAGUCAGAGCUGACAUGAACAUAUAUAUUUUUUGUAAGAUGACAGAAUUCUUUUUAAAGACUCUAUAGGCUUUUCCGUGGAGCUUAUUUAUAUGGAAAGGUUUCUUUGGUUCUGUUUGAUUUAGUCAGCACUGUAGAGUUUCUAAAGGAAAUGUGUAGUGUGAUUUAUACUGAAAUAAGAACCUGCUAAUAAAAGGUUCUGUCUGUUG